GAACGGCUCCCUUCUCCGCAGACGCCGCUGACGAUCACGCGUGUGCGUGACUCUCCCCCGCGUCCCCCACUCACCCCGGCCCUGCCCUGCCCCCGCUCUGACCCGGCCAUCACCAUGGCGACCUCCAAGGCUCCAGCGGUGCCUGGAGAAGAGGAGACCACCAUCCUCAUGGCCAAGGAAGAGCUGGAGGCCCUGAGGACGGCCUUCGAGUCGGGCGACAUCCCGCAGGCCGCCUCCCGCCUGCGCGAGCUGCUGGCUUCCUCGGAGAGCACGCGCCUGGAGGUGGGCGUCACGGGCGAGUCCGGCGCGGGCAAAUCUUCGCUCAUCAACGCCCUGCGCGGCGUGGGCGCCGAGGACCCGGGCGCGGCGCUCACGGGCGUGGUGGAGACCACGCUGCAGCCGUCGCCGUAUCCACACCCGCAGUUCCCAGACGUGACCCUAUGGGACCUGCCUGGGGCCGGCUCUCCAGGCUGUCCAGCCGACAAGUACCUGAAGCAGGUGGAUUUCAGCCGCUACGAUUUCUUCCUGCUGGUAUCGCCCCGUCGCUGCGGGGCGGUGGAGACGCGCCUGGCCUCCGAGAUCCUGCGCCAAGGGAAGAAGUUCUACUUCGUGCGCACCAAGGUGGACGAGGACCUGGCCGCCACGCGCACGCAGCGGCCCUCGGGCUUCAGCGAGGUGGCUGUGCUGCAGGAGAUCCGUGAGCAUUGCGCCGAGCGCCUGCGCGCCUCGGGCGUCGGCGACCCCCGCAUCUUCCUCGUGUCCAACUUGUCGCCCACGCGCUACGACUUCCCGCUGCUCGUUACCACCUGGGAGCAUGACCUGCCAGCCCACCGGCGCCAUGCAGGCUUGCUUUCGCUGCCGGACAUUUCACUGGAAGCCCUGCAGAAGAAGAAGGACAUGUUGCAGGAGCAGGUACUCAAGACCGCCCUGGUGUCCGGCGUCAUCCAGGCGCUGCCCGUCCCCGGGCUGGCAGCCGCCUACGACGAUGCGCUGUUGGUGCGCUCCCUGCGUGGCUACCACCGCAGCUUCGGCCUGGACGACGAUUCACUGGCCAAGCUGGCCGAACAGGUGGGCAAGCAGGCCGGCGACCUGCGCUCGGUCAUCCGCUCCCCGCUGGCCAACGAGGUCUCCCCCGAGACGGUGCUGCGGCUCUACGCGCAGUCGUCGGACGGCGCCAUGCGCGUGGCCCGAGCCUUCGAGAAAGGUAUCCCCGUGUUCGGCACGCUGGUGGCGGGUGGCAUCAGCUUCGGCACCGUCUACACCAUGCUCCAGGGCUGCCUCAACGAGUUGGCCGAGGACGCCCAGCGGGUGCGCAUCAAGGCCCUGGAGGAGGACGAGCCGCAGGCCGAGGUCAGCCUGGAGGCGGCGGGCGACGGCGGCGUGGAGAAGCGGACCUCCGUGGAGAGCGGCGGCUGCUGCGAUGAGGCCCCGCUGUCCACCCGCCGGAAGCUCGGUCUCCUGCUCAAAUACGUCCUGGAAAGCUGGAAGAAGCGCGACUUGACGGAAGACAAGUAG